AGUUAGAGAGGGUCAUUUAUACUCUGGCCUGUUAGUAGUCCUGAGGUCGUAGUGAGGUAGUUUAACUGCUUUAGAACUUUGUGCUUAGAACAUUCUUAGCCACCGAAGCAUGGGAACCGAAAGUGAGGAGCAUGGGUUCUUUACUAUCUAUCACAUCAGAGAAUGACUGUUCCAGGACAGUGACCACUUCCUAAUGGUAAGUACCCCGGCUUGCUUAUUAUUUCUUGGAAGCAGGAAAAAUAGUCCAGUUAUCAUAGUAAUGAUAUUUCUUUUUUUAAAAAAAAGCAAAAAGAACAACAAAAAGGUUCAGCCUUAAUCCUCAAUCAUGCUCAUUUUUGCAGGUUUCUGUAGCUGGAUCAGGCACCGGAAGAGGCUCCCCAGCUAUAACUCUAGUACAGUUACCUUCGGGCCAAACUGUACAUGUCCAGGGCGUAAUUCAGACACCACAGCCAUCGGUUAUUCAGUCACCACAGAUACAAGCUGUUCAGGUAGCAACAAUCACAGAGACAGAUGAGUCUACAGAAUCAGAAGGUGUAAUUGAUUCUCAUAAACGCAGAGAAAUCCUUUCACGAAGACCCUCUUAUCGAAAAAUACUGAAUGAACUUUCCUCUGAUGUGCCUGGUGUUCCCAAGAUUGAAGAAGAAAAAUCAGAGGGAGAAGGAACACCACCUAACAUCGCUACCAUGGCAGUACCGACUAGCAUAUAUCAAACUAGCACGGGGCAAUACAUUGCUAUAGCCCAAGGUGGAACAAUCCAGAUUUCUAACCCAGGAUCUGAUGGUGUUCAGGGACUACAGGCAUUAACAAUGACAAAUUCAGGAGCUCCUCCACCAGGUGCUGCAAUUGUACAAUAUGCAGCACAGUCAGCUGAUGGCACACAGCAGUUCUUUGUCCCAGGCAGCCAGGUUGUUGUUCAAGCUGCCACUGGUGACAUGCCAACUUACCAGAUCCGAGCACCUACUACUGCUUUGCCACAGGGAGUAGUGAUGGCUGCCUCACCAGGAAGUUUGCACAGCCCCCAGCAACUUGCAGAAGAAGCCACACGCAAACGAGAGCUGAGGCUAAUGAAAAACAGGGAAGCUGCCCGGGAGUGUCGCAGGAAGAAGAAAGAAUAUGUCAAAUGUCUUGAAAACCGUGUGGCUGUGCUUGAAAACCAAAACAAGACUCUCAUUGAGGAACUCAAGGCCCUUAAAGAUCUUUAUUGCCAUAAAGCAGAGUAACAGUCUUUGACUUGGAUCUUGUUUACUGUGAACUCUAAUCAAGGCAGGAGAUGGAGCAAUUCUACUAAUUGCCAUGUGGACAUAUGGAAGGGACAUUUGUGACCCUUAAGAAUCUGGUUUGGCUUAGUGUUUGAAAUUUAAUUAGAAAUGUUGUUCCAAGAUUUGGAGUGCAACCAUGUCACAUAUACCAAGCUUACUUCAGUCUGUUUGUCAAUAGCAUGCAUGCAAAAAUUGUUUUGUUUGCCCUUUUGCUUCUACUUUUUUUCAGGGAAGCUGCUAAAGAAUGUCGACGUCGAAAGAAAGAAUAUGUAAAAUGUCUGGAGAGUCGAGUUGCAGUGCUGGAAGUUCAGAACAAGAAGCUUAUAGAGGAACUUGAAACCUUGAAAGACAUUUGCUCUCCUAAAACAGAUUAGUAGAAAUAUUUAACUAUGAACUGAAUACAACAUGUACAAUUGCUUUUGAAGGCAAUACAAUAUGUAGCCGACAAGAAUUAUGGCUUUUUUCCUUUGUAUCAUUCAUCAUAUUCUCGAAAUUCUAACAUUCCUAAAAUGCUUCAUUGUAUGUAGUUAACUUAGCUGUAACUUCAAUUUUUUAAAAGAGACAAACUAUAAAAAAUUGUAUUUAGCAAAUUCUUAAAAUGAAAUAUUUGUAAGACUUGUUCCAGUGCCACAUAUUUGCAGUUCCCAAUUUCUGUGUCCUCAGUAGUGUCCUAUGCAAUAAAAUUUUCUGCAGGUCUUUUAAAAAUCAUUUUAGGAAAGGAUGAUCAAAGGUAAUGCAUCCGGCAAUACAAUAAAAGUAAACCACAAAAAAAUACUUCAGGAAAGAAUUGAAAGAAACUAGUGACAUGCCUUUAUGAAAAUAAGAGCCUAUAAAUGAAUUUAUGGCAUUUGCAGAUUUUUAUAAUCAGUUGCUUUGUAAGGGAAAUAUUGCGUUACUGUCCUUGAAUGCCAUAGUUGAAGGACAUUUUUAAUAGAACCAUGUUGAGUACACAUGUAGUGUUUAGUGGUCAUUUAACUAUCUGAACGUUUCCUACAGUUUUUACUCUAUUGUGUAAUAGAAAAGAUCUUGCAGAAACUCCAGUGUCGAUUUAAUGUUACCUAAUGAAAGUUACAAAAAAUUGUUAAUAACUUGGAAUGGGGUAGAAGUUAGAGUUAAAAUUGUAUUUGCAGACCUUCAAGGGUGCUCGAGCUGAUUUCCACACUGGGUCUGAUUUCUGCAAAUGCUUUUUCUGCCAUCUCAUCAGAAGGAUGGCCCCAGAGCUGCUACACAGAAGAGCCACUGUUCAAGUUCAGCUUGUGUGGUAGAGUAGGCCUCUCUGCACAUGGUCUGGAAAUCUGCUGAUAGACUUCUAUUUUGAGUUUUAGGUAACAACUAUAGGAGUUUUAAAGUAAAAACAACCCAAGAUUUUAUUUUCCAUUUCAAAAUAGCUUGAAGUCUACAUUAGGUCAAAUACUUUUAUGUUAGCACAUUUAGAUGAAGUUCAUUACAUUGAGACAGCAGUAUUAUUGCUGGUAUCCACAUUUCAUUCUAUGUUUAUAAUAAAGAGCUUCAAGGUAUAAGCCCAAAGCCCUAACCAUGCCCUGUUCUUUGCCUAUGUCUUCUCUCAUUCACUCUUAAGACCUUUGUUGAAGGCUUACUCUGUGCUAGACUCUGCUAUAUUUUCUACUAUAACUUCUGGCUUGUUGAGGAUGCCGCCAUCCCACCCCUAGUUUCAAUAAUAGAACUGGCCAAUCCAUGUGGGGAGGUACAGAAGUAGGAGGUCAUUUAUAUAGCAUCUAACUACUACUCCCCCAUCAUAAUUCUGUCACUUAUUUGUAACUCCCAGAAGGCAGGGCAUACCAUUUGGAGCUUUCUUUAGAAAUACGGAUCCUUCUUUCAGAGUCUGAGCUCUAAAUUUAUCUCAAUUUUUGUCUUAUAGAGAAGUUAGAUGAGGAAAGAAGACAAGGAAGAAGAGUAAGGAAAACCCCAAGUUUCAGGUGAAGAAAAAUGGUGCUUUGUACUCAGUCAAUCAGUCAGUCAUUCGUUCAGUUAGUCACUAAAUCAAAUGUGUGCCUAAUGGCAGACACAGAGAAGACUCAGGAGCCAGCAGACAAGCAGUAAAUGCUAUGUGCUAGAAUUAGAGAAAGAUGUAGGCAAGGAUUUUAUAAGAAUAUUUCUAUAGGAGGUAUAUUUUGAACCAGACCUUGAUGUAGUAGUGCUGGGGAGGAAGGUCCUCUAGACGAAAUCCAGAGCACACACUCCAAGGUGCUUGAAUUUAGGAGAGGGGGAAGGUCAAGUCAAUACUCACACAAGAAUUAGUUUGGUGUAAAAAAGAAUGUGUGCUUCACUCUAAAAUAGUUAUUUCAGAGGAAGAGGAUUGCAUCUGAUUACUUGGGACCGAAAAUAAAUGUCCCCUCAUCUCCAUAAUGCUUUAAAAAUAAAAUUUUAGCCCUGG